UUGUGAUGAAGGAGAAACCUGUAAACAGUUUUGUGUUCUGUGACAUUUUAAACCUCAGUCCAUUGAUCCAUCAAACAUUGAUUUGUGCUCUAAGUUUGUAUACAGUUAAACUGAUCUGAUCUGAGAGAGUGAAGAGUGUGUCAUUGUUCUCUACAGGUUGUUUAAUUGUGGUGUCACAGAUGAAGGUUGUGCUGCUCUGGCUUCAGCUCUGAGAUCAAACCCCUCACACCUGAGAGAACUGAAUCUGACUGGGAAUAAACUAGGAGAUUCAGUGAAGCUGCUUUCUGAUGUACUACAGAAUCCUCACUGUAAACUGGAGUUACUGUGGUUGAUUGAUUGUGGUGUCACAGAUGAAGGUUGUUCUGCUCUGGCUUCAGCUCUGAGAUCAAACCCCUCACACCUGAGACAAAUGAAUCUGUCGUGGAAUAAACUAGGAGAUUCAGUGAAGCUGUUUUCUGAUGUACUACAGAAUCCUCACUGUAAACUGGAGACAUUGUGGUUGUGGGAUUGUGGUGUCACAGAUGAAGGUUGUGCUGCUCUGGCUUCAGCUCUGAGAUCAAACCCCUCACACCUGAGAAUACUGCAUCUGUAUGGGAAUAAACUAGGAGAUUCUAGUAGGAAGUUACUCUCUGAUCUGAAGGAUGAUCCACAUUAUAAACUGGAGACUUUAUACUGUUACUCUCAGUAUUUAGACGUCAGUCCAGUUUCCUCAGGAUCAGCUGAUGGUGAAUAAGGAGCCGCUACAGAGACGUCACAGUCACACAAUCAACAGAGACUGUGUGAUUUGGGGGCCACAAAAAAUGAAGGGAUGUUAAUUUCAGUUCAUUUCCUGACUGACUCCCAGUGCUCGUUAACCAAUCAUUGACCAUUAACUGACAAAAUUUGAAUGUUACAUUAGAUUUAAAUUAAAUUGGAAUCAAUAAGUUUAUGUGACCCAAACAUUUCUAUUCAUGCAGAAUGAGAGAUAUAGGUAUGUUUAUCUGUAAUAUUUAUAACAAAUAAUUUUGAAGCUGCUUAUAUUUUCAGAAGUAUUAUUUUUGCUUUGUUCUGAAUAGCCUACCUGUAAAAUUUAAAGGAUUUGUUGACCAUUUUUUUUUCUUCAAUGCAAUUUUGACUGUGUAUAGCAAAUGUUUUAAAAAUAGCUUGGGAGGAAAAAAAAUAAGUUACUUUCAUUGCAUUUCUUCCCUAGAUACUUUUUAAGAACUUCAGUGUAACAUUAAUGGGUAGCUUAAUGUAAAACAUUGUCAUUAUUUCAAUGUACAUUGUGUAAAAGACAAAUUCAUUGUUUUAUACAGAUAGCAGAUAAUAGGUUUAAUAUAAAAUAAACUAUAGUAAAUGGCACAGCAUUUGUACGCACUGAUUUGGUUAU